ACCAGACCAAAAAAAAAACAUACCGAUUUCCACUCUCCUGCUCCGGCAACUAGAUUUUAGAUAUUCAGAUCAACAUGCCGAUCAGAAACAUAGCCGUUGGCCGGCCGGAAGAGGCGACUCACCCCGACGCUCUUAAGGCAGCUUUGGCUGAGUUCAUCUCGACCUUGAUCUUCGUUUUCGCGGGAUCAGGCUCGGGUAUGGCCUUCAACAAGUUGACCGACAACGGAGCAACCACCCCCGCUGGUCUUGUGUCGGCCUCCUUAGCUCACGGCUUCGCCCUUUUCGUCGCCGUCUCCGUUGGAGCCAACAUCUCAGGUGGUCACGUCAACCCCGCUGUCACUUUCGGAGCUUUCGUCGGCGGAAACAUCAGUCUCUUACGUGGCAUCCUUUACUGGAUCGCCCAACUCCUCGGCUCCACCGUCGCUUGCCUCUUACUCAAGUUCGCCACCGGCGACCUGGGCGUACCAGCUUUCGCAUUGUCCUCGGGCGUGGGAGUGUCCAAUGCUUUAGUUUUCGAGAUCGUGAUGACGUUCGGAUUAGUGUACACAGUGUACGCCACCGCCGUUGAUCCCAAAAGGGGAAGCUUGGGAACAAUCGCGCCAUUAGCAAUCGGUCUGAUCGUCGCAGCCAACAUCUUGGCCGGUGGAGCCUUCGACGGAGCCUCAAUGAAUCCGGCGGUUUCAUUCGGACCGGCCUUGGUGAGCUGGUCCUGGAGCAACCACUGGGUCUACUGGGUUGGACCCCUAAUCGGUGGUGGACUCGCUGGACUCAUCUACGAGUUCAUCUUCAUUAGCAACACACACGAACAGCUCCCCACCACUGAUUAUUAAACCUAGAAUGUUUAAGUCCCACGGAUUUUCUCCACUUGUUGAGUUUUUAUUGGCUUGUAUUUUGUGUUUAAUUUGUGGCCGUUGAUCUUUUUUACUUUUUCGUUUUCCGUAUCCUCAUCAUGCAUGUCCUGGAAAA